AUGGCUCCGCGGGGACUCCCGGGGUCCGCCGUGCUCGCCGCUGCUGUCUUCGUGGGAGGCGCCGUGAGUUCGCCGCUAGUCGCCUCGGAUCAUAGUGGCAGCCAUCCAUUACCCUCCAAGAGCCAGACGACACCCUCGCCCACAAACAACACUGGGAAUGGACACCCGGAAUAUAUCGCGUAUGCCCUUGUCCCUGUGUUCUUCGUCAUGGGUCUCUUUGGCGUCCUCAUUUGCCACCUGCUUAAGAAGAAGGGCUAUCGAUGCACAACAGAAGCUGAGCAAGAUGUUGAAGGAGAAAAGGUUGAAAAGAUAGAGUUGAACGACAGUGUAAAUGAAAAUAGUGACACCGUUGGGCAGAUUGUCCAAUACAUCAUGAAAAACGAAGCAAAUGUUGAUGUUUUAGCGGCAAUGGUAGCAGAUAACAGUGUGUGUGAUCCUGAAAGCCCAGUGACUCCCAGCACUCCCGGGAGCCCGCCGGUGAGCCCCGGGCCCUUGUCACCGGGGGGCACCCCAGGGAAGCACGUCUGCGGCCACCAUCUGCACACAGUGGGGGGUCCCGUCGAGCAGGACGUGUGCCAUCGCUGUAGGCACAAGCGGUGGCACUUCAUAAAACCCACCAACAAGUCCAAAGAGGGCCGCCCGAGGCGCCAAGGAGAGGUCACCGUCCUCUCUGUGGGCAGGUUCAGAGUUACGAAGGUGGAACCCAAGUCCAGUCAGAAGGAGCGGAGAAGUUUGAUGUCGGUCAGCGGGGCCGACAGCAUCAACGGGGAGGUGCCGGGGACGCCUGUGAAGAGGCAGCAGAGUGAGACAGAACAGCAGAUAUGA